GGGAAACUGACUGCCUGUUGAUGACCCGUGACUUCAGUGGCACGAUACGUUUUGGAUCUGUUAUUCCAAAAGGCUUGGUAUUAUGUUGGGAGAACGAGCAGGACUUCUCUGCGUCCUCUUGGUACUGGGACACAUACAUCUUGCAUUUGCAGGCUUACUGUCGCCAUGGAGUGGACCAAGAUGGCGUGCGACAGCGACUUGCCAGGCAUCGGAACGAUCGACACGCAAGGCUUGGCAUGUAUUGUCUCCUACUGAGAAGGCAGCAUACAUUCAGGCCGAUCUCUGCUUGAUGCAGAAGCCCCCCAAAGCAUUUCUGGACGUUGAAGGGAUCCAGAACAUAUGGGACGAGCUACAAUAUCUUCAUAUCUUGCUGGCAAAUGUCAUUCAUGAUGUUGGCGGGGCUCUCCCAUGGCAUCGUCUGUUCGUUCAUACGCAUGAAUACCUCCAGAAAACCGAAUGUGGCUACCAAGGGACUCAGCCAUACUGGGACGAACAAUUUGACCAAGGAAUCGGCCUUAACCAUAGCCCCAUCUUCGACCCGGUCACCGGAUUUGGUCAAAACGGACAAGGCGACGAUAAUUGCGUCCUCGACGGACCUUUCGCCAAUAUGACCUUGCAUGUUUCCGGAAAUGGCCCUCAAGAUUACUGUCUCAGCCGAAAAUUUGACCCGGAUUCAUUCACGUUGGGUAAUAUCACAUACGUUGAAGAAUGUAUGUCGAUGCAGAACUACUCGUCGGCCUUCCCUUGUUGGUUCUUGAACCCGCACAUCGCUGGUCAUUGGGGCGUUGGCGGAACGAUGCUGGAUGUGAUAGCCAGUCCGGGAGAUCCAGUCUUCUAUCUCCACCACGCGAACCUCGAUCGACUCUGGUGGGGCUGGCAGGUGCGGGACCUCCCCGACCGGCUUUGGGAUAUGGCUGGCAACAAUGUGCCUUCAGAUGAAGCGCUGGAGAUUAAUGGCUUCCCUCCCGUUUCUCAAGAAAGCAUCGACGGGUUCGGUGACCCAGGUAAUGUCACGACAUUAAGGCACAUUCUCAAUAUGGGUGGUAUUGUUCCCAACAGGACUAUCCUCGAGGUGAUGGACAUAAGGAAUCAGUUCCUGUGCUACGAGUAUGCUUAGCAAGGGCUGAAAACAUUUGCGCAUUUGAUUUUGCAUACGGAUAGAGAUGUGCAUGAGAUUGGUUAGCGAAGCAGCGC